AUUCACUGUCGCUUCCUGAACAGAAGGCCAUGGAGGACUACAUCAAGGAGGCACUGGGUCAAGGUUACAUCCGUCCAUCUAACUCCCCUGCUGCAUCGAGCUUCUUUGUGGCCAAGAAGGACGGAGGCUUGAGGCCCAGUAUAGAUUACCGAGCAUUAAAUAACAUCACCAUCAAGUUCCGAUAUCCUCUUCCCCUCGUCCCAAAUGCCCUUGAACAUCUCCGUGGGGCUACCAUCUUCACUAAGUUGGACCUCCGCAGUGCCUACAACCUCAUCCGGAUACGUGAGGGGGAUGAAUGGAAGACUGCCUUUGUGACCCCCUACGGCCACUAUGAGUAUCUGGUCAUGCCCUAUGGACUUACCAACGCCCCCUCCGUAUUCCAGGAUUUCAUGCAUGAGGUGCUCCGGGAGUUUCUUCAUCGAUUCGUCAUUGUCUACAUAGAUGACAUCCUCAUCUACUCCCGGAGCCAGGCCGAACAUCGCCAGCACAUUGCGGAGGUCCUCCAACGCCUGAGAGAGCACCACCUAUUCCUCAAGGCUGAAAAGUGCACCUUCCACCAACCCACGGUGCAAUUCCUGGGGUAUAACAUUGAUUGUACAGGUAUCCAGAUGGACGAGGGGAAGGUGGCAGCUAUAACCUCCUGGCCAGAACCCACUACAAUUUAA